AUGGCAAACGUUACAACCGAAAUCAGAGAUUUUGUAGCAGCAGAAGGACAAUAUAAUCUCAAAGAAAGUAUAUUAUUAGAAGGUGUUCAACCUAGUUUAGUGAACGGAACGUCGAUUUCCUUAGUCUCUGUAAAAUACAAAGAAUAUAAUUCACAUCAAAACUCUUCGAGCGGCGAAAGUGUUUCUGCAAUAGAUCGUGUUGGCGAAAAUAUCCCUAAUGUUCCCUCCUUAUCUUCCUUGGAAAAUACUCUAGUUGAAGACUCUGCAGACGACACAACUGAUAACGAGAAAUUACAAGUGCCGCAAUACCAACAAACACAAGACCCACCACUACCUUCACCUACUAUACCAAAAGAACCGCUAUCACCCGAUGGUUCUCUUUCAGUUCUAGGCUCACCGACACAGACUUCACCGAGUCUAAAAACUCCGCUAAAUGGUAAUGGAAUAGUGCCAACUUCUAUAGAGGGAAAACGAGAGGAUGACGGUCCAUUUGGUUUUUUCAAUGCUGGAAAAGGGAAAAAGAAAAGACUAAAUAUCACGAAAACUAACUCUUCGUUUGUGGCGAAAAUUACCACACAUGAAAAUUUGACGAAAAUUUUGGCGAAUCGGCAGAAUGAAGAAACAUAUUUGUUUUUCAAUAUCGGACGUACUUUUUGUUGGAUGGAUUUAGCUAUUCCAAAGGAACCUUUAACGAGGGUUAAUUUCUCAAAGGCUUUCCCAGUGUGUCAUGAUGUAAAUCCUCUUACAAGGUCUUGCGAUCAUUUAGAUGUAAUAAUUGGGUUCUCUUCGGGAGACGGUAUAAUAAAUAAUUCACCCGUUACCAUGGUAAAAUGGAUGCCAGGAUCCGAGAAUUUAUUCAUGGCAUCAUACCAGGAUGGAUCAAUUAUUCGCUAUGAUAAAGAGAGAGACGAUCAAAACUUUACACCGAGCGUAGGUCCGGAUGACGACGGAUUUCGAGUUACACACCCAUCGAAAAACACAAAACAUAAUCCUGUAUCGCAUUGGCAAAUAUCCAAAAAAACUGUCACAGCAUUUGCGUUUUCUCCCGAUCUACAGCAUGUGGCAAUUGUUUCUGUUGACGGAUGUCUAAAAAUAGUAGAUUUUAUUCAAGAAAGGCUUUACGAUACUUAUACAAGUUACUUUGGUGGGCUAUCGUGUGUAUGUUGGAGUCCCGAUGGAAAAUAUGUUCUCACCGGGGGACAAGAUGACUUGGUUACAAUAUGGUCUUUUCGUGACCUACGGAUAGUUGCUCGGUGUCAGGGUCAUCAAUCCUGGGUGACCGGGGUAGCGUUUGAUCCGUGGCGAUGUGACGAACAAAAUUAUCGUUUCGGCUCGGUUGCAGAAGAUACUAAAUUAUUAUUAUGGGAUUUUAGUGUUAAUGCUUUACAUAAACCGAAAAAUCAGAAUUCAUAUCGACGAUCGAGUUUGGCAUCACAAUCUGCAGCCACAACUGCAGUUUUGCGACGGAAUCUCGUUGAGCCAAAAAAAAAUACAAUACAUCCAUGUUUGCCCAGAUCACAAGUUGCUAUUCUACAGCCUGUUAUGGUCAGUAAGCUUUAUAAUUUUUCUCACUAA